AUGUUGCUCGACGAGGAUCCCGGAACUCUCAUCCACCACACGAUCGGCAACUUCAACAUCCACCCCGAUAAACAAGCCGUAACACGCAUCAAUGACUCGCUCGCUGCCCUUCAGCAGGCGCGCGAUAUGCGCAUCCGCGAGGCCGAGGCUUCAAUGCGCAAACUCUCACGUCAUCUGAACUCCUUAUCUACACAGCACGAGGAAGCCGUGGCGCUGCACGACUCGGGCAAACACGCGGCAGAGAUUGUGGAAUUAGACACUAAGAAGUUCCGCAUCGCCAAGGCUGCAUCGGAACUCGAGAUUGAAAGCGAGCGUCUGGAAAGCGAACUGGAAAUGCUCAAGGAGCGUCUGGCCGACUUGGAGUCGCAGGGUCUUGAGGGCGAUGAAAUGACGCGGCGUGAGCGUGAAGCUGAUGAUGCGACAAUUCUGCGUCUUAAGAUCUACCGUUCUCUUGGUGUUGAUAUCGAACCAGAUGAGGCGGGCAAUUUCAACCGUGCGGUCAUUCGGAACAGCCGCAAGGGGGAUGUUCAUGUUGUCAACAUCGACCCGAAAUUCUCCCGUUUCUUCUACGCAAACUACUUUUGGUCGACGAUGCAGGGAUGA